AUGGAUAUGAGUCAUAUGGAUAUGAAUUCACAAGCAACGCCUCCCAACAUCAAUGAGCCAUAUGCCAAGACACUCAUAACAAUUAUAACAGCUGUGAUUGCUUUUCUCACCUUACGGCAUGUUGUGAGAGCUCUUUAUAAAAUUGCAAACUCGAUAUCCAGCUUGAAAAAGAUCCAUCAUUCAUUCAUACCAGCUGCACGCUAUUAUCAGCGGAUAGAGACACUCGUUGUCAAUCGAUUCGGCUACAAAGCAACGGCUUAUGGACCUCCUCUGGGUGCAUUAUUACUCAUCCUCGCACUUGCUUCAGCUAUUUUACCGCUUCUUUUAAUUAACGUUGACCUGAAAUUGAACUCAAACCGUGCAGGCUUUCUAGCACUUGCUUUAGUACCGUUUCUUCUUUCGUCCACCGGUAAGAACUCUGCGCUGUCGCUAUUGACAGGUAUUUCGCCUCUAAAGCUCAAUUUCCUCCAUCGUAUCUUGGGAUGGGCGCUAUUUAUAUGCGCUACAGUUCAUAUGGCAUUUAUGAUACAUGCCUGGAGCAAGUUUCCAACAUUUUUGCAAUCUGAACUACAACUUCCAAAAGUACAAUAUGGACUAGCGGGUUAUGGAUGUCUUUGCGUAGUUAUUGCGGGCAGUUUAUGGCCGGUACGAGUAUUCUGCUAUGAAGCGUUUUUGAUGACUCAUCUACUGGGAUUUGCAUUUAUUGGUUUGAUAGCGGUCCAUACACCCUAUGCUAUGCGGUAUUUUUUCACGGGUAUCGUCUGUUAUGGAUUGAAUGUGGUGGCUGUUUGGUUUGUCAAGUCUUAUAUUGCGACUGCUCGAUUCGAAGUUUUGCCUGGAGGAUGUACAAAAGUGUUUAUUCGAUUAGCCAGCCCUAUUAAACAACAUCAAGUAGGACAAUAUAUCAUGUUGUGCAUACCUGCUAUUUCACCAUUUCAAUGGCAUCCUUUUACAAUUACAAAUGUUCACGUCAGCGAACAGCAGCCAAUUGGUUCAGCUUUCCAAAACACUUUGGAGGUUUGCGUUUGUGUUAGAGGCAACUAUACCCGUAAGCUGUAUAAUAUUGUCAGCAAUCACAAAAGUCAGGAAAUGCGUGUCUUUGUGAGUGGACCUUUCGGUAGCAGUGGAAUUGAACCCCGAAAGCUAUUGGAACGAUCUACAUCGAUCAUUAUUGCAUCAGGCGGUGCAGGUAUCACUUUUGGUAUGCGGUUGUUACGCGAAUUGAUGGAUGCAUUAGCGGCAGACGAAGACACGAAAGUUGAAUCACGUCUAUUGGCAGGCCAGCAAUGGUGCAAAACGGAAGAUAUAUAUUUUUACUGGUCAGUGCGGCGACCAAUAGAACUAUCUUGGUUCCGAACCGAGUUGGAACAAAUAAAUCACUAUGCACAUCAUCAAAAAAACAUGCAGCAUCAGUUUCCCAGAGUGCAUGUAAAAUUUUAUAUCACUUCAGCAUCAAAUACGACUACAGGCGAUUCCCCGUCUUCGUUGGUAACAAUUCCUCAAUCCACAACAGCGGUUACUCCUUCUGUGUCAUCAGGUAUUAUCAAUGAAGACAUUGGAACGGAUGAAAUUGAAAUGCUUUAUUUCAGCAGCAACAAUGAAAAUGCACAACAGAGUAAUUAUUCAAAAAGUAUAGACACAAUUGUUGGUCAGCGUAUACAAGCUAAAGAUAUACUUGAGCAUGCUCACGACGAUACUGCAUCUCUGUUCGUUUGUGGGCCUAAACAGUUUAAUUCUAUGAUUUCAAAUGCAGUUGCGAUACAUUCAUCCGCAGUAUCGCUUCACUGUGAAAAAUUUGAAUGA